AUGGCAAGAAAUUCAAAAAGUCAGCAAUAUAAUGGUAAACCAAAGGGGCCUAAUUCUGAUACCGGAGCUAGGAAAACGAAAACGAUGGAUGAGUUGCUCUGUGUAGCUGCGAUGGAGGUUGAAACUGUAAAUCAAACUGGGGAAGAUGAUCUGAGAGACAUUCAGAGAAGUCAACAGACUCACAGGCUAUUUUCGGAAUGGUUAACAUCUGUACAUUCCAAUGAUAGAAGUAGAGGUCCUGGAAAACAGGGGAAAUCGAUUGAACUGGCGAAUAGGAAGGUACGUGAAAUUGAACCUAUUCCUAUCCUUCAAUUCAAUGAAAAUGAGGUGGAUGACAAUCCUGAUAAUGGAUUAAAUGAUAAUGUUGUGAGUAGUAAGAUUAAAAUUGAUGUAGAGGAUAUUCAAUCGGAGAUUGAUUUUUGGAGUUCUUCAGUGGUUUGUUAUGUAAUUGGUGUUGAUCCUCCUGUCCAUGUAAUGGAAGGUUUUGUGAGAAGAAUUUGGAAGAACAAGGGUGUUGAUAGAGUUGCUAUGAUUAAAAAAGGGUUGUAUAUUGUUAGAUUUCUGGCAAUGGAUAGAAGGGAUGAAGUACUUGCUCAGAGUAUGCUAUUAUUUGACAGUAAACCACUGAUAGUGAAGGCAUGGGAACAUGAUAAGGACUUCUUCAAGGAGGAAGUGGAUGUAGUUCCUACUUGGAUACAAUUGAGGGUUGAUUUUAAAUACUGGAGUGAGAAGUGCUUGGAGAAAUUUGCAACGCAGAUUGGGAGACUUGUAAAGGUGGAUCAGGCAACGGUGAAUAGGGAGAAACUUCAGUAUGCUAGAAUAAUGGUAGAAGUGAAAUUAAACCAAAACUUUCCUGAUCAAAUCUCUUUCAUAAAUGAGAAAGGCAUAAAGAUGGUUGUUGAGGUUAAGUAUGAAUGGAAGCCAAUCUCAUGUUCCAAUUGCAAGAAAAUUGGACAUGGAACUGAAGAAUGCAGAUGGAGACAAGAUAAAAGAGUAUGGAAGCAGAAGAUUCCGGUGAAAAUACCUGCAGUGGUUCAAGAACCAGUGAAGGAAAAGGUUGCUGAGGCAACUGAAUUCCAGGUGGUUAGAAGCAAUAAGAGAAGAGUUGAUAAGCUAAUAGAAGCCACUGUAGUUAGAAAUUCUUUUGAAGCUUUGGAAGAUUUGGAAGUUGAUGAAAUAAGGUUUGGUGUUGUGCCAUGUGAACUGAAGAGUAAUGACAGGGGGGUGGAGAACCUCCUGUGGACCAUGGAUAAGAUUCUUUGCUGGAAUGUUCAAGGGAUUUCUAGUGUUCAGAAGCAAAAUGAUGUUAAAAAGGUUCUUAACACUAAAUCCCUUGGACUAAUUAGUCUCAUUGAGACUAAGGUUAAAGUGAAUAAAAUGGGUAGUAUGUAUCAUAAUUUAUUUUCUGGAUGGUGUUUCAGUAGUAAUUCUUCUUAUCACCCUGGUGGAAGAAUUGUAAUGGCUUGGAAUGAUCAAGCUUUUCAUGUGGAGAUAAAGUUAGUCACAGAUCAAUUGAUGCAUAGUCAUAUCAGAAUUGUGAAUGGAUGUCAUGAGUUUGAGUGUACUUUUGUUUAUGCACAUAACUCUGAUAAACAAAGAGAGACACUAUGGAGGGACUUGGAAUAUAUUGCUAGUAGGAUAAUGUUGCCAUGGAUUGCAAUGGGGGAUUAUAAUUGCAUUCUAAAUAGAGAGGAGCGUGUGGGAGCUGCUGUUAGAGAUAGUGAGUUGCUGGAUUUCAGAAGAUGUGUUAAUAAUUGUGAGCUAGAGGAUCUCAAAGCUACUGACAAUUAUUACACUUGGAAUAAUAAACAAUAUGGAGAAAGUAGAGUUUACUGCAAACUAGAUAGAGUGCUUUGUAAUGAGAGAUGGAGUGAAAAGUUUCAAGAUUCUGAAGCAUGGUUUAUGCCUGAGGGGCUUUUUGAUCAUUCACCAAUAGUUGUGUCUGUUUUUGUGGAUAGAAAAGGUGGAAAUACUCCAUUCAAGUACUUUAAAAUGUGGAGUCAGGCUUCUGGGUUUCAGGACAAGGUAAAGGAGUGUUGGGACUCUGAUAUACAUGGCACAACUAUGUUUAGAGUUGUGCAAAAGCUUAAACUGGUGAAAAAAGAAAUGAAGCAUAUAAAUAAACUUGGUUUUUCAAAGAUUCAAGUUGCUGAUGCAAAGGCAUAUCAAAUGAUGAUAGAAUGCCAGCAUCAUGAUAAGCAUGAUCCAGGAGAUAAUGAAAAGAGCAAAGAAAAGUGGAUGCAUAUAGAAGAAUUCAUGAGUGCUACUUAG